AUGUCGGACUAUGUAGAUGAUGUUGACAUGGAAGAUGCGCCAAAGGUGACAUCUGACAUUCAAUUUUCGGCUGCGAACACCGACACCAAGGGCAAAAGAAGCGCCGCAAACCUACCGAUAGAAGCAGAGGACAACCUACCAUGGGUUGAGAAGUACCGUCCCGCAUCUCUAUCCGAUGUCAGUGGGCAUCACGACAUCCUCGCAACCAUCAACAAGUUUGUCGACUCGAACAGGCUACCGCAUCUGCUGUUAUAUGGCCCACCCGGCACCGGCAAGACCAGCACAGUCCUAGCAUUGGCCCGCCGAAUCUACGGCAACAGGAACAUGCGUCAGAUGGUCCUCGAACUCAAUGCAUCCGACGAUAGAGGUAUUGAAGUCGUACGGGAGCAGAUCAAGACCUUCUCAUCCACUAAGCAGAUCUUCGCCGGCAGCUUCGACAAGACGCAACAAGACAGUAUUGCAAACUUCAAGCUUAUCAUCUUAGACGAAGCCGAUGCCAUGACUUCGACAGCCCAAAUGGCGCUUCGAAGAAUCAUGGAGAAGUACACCGCCAACACCCGCUUCUGCAUCAUCGCAAACUACACGCACAAACUCUCUCCGGCUCUACUGUCACGAUGUACCCGCUUCCGUUUCUCCCCGCUCAAGGACGCGGAUAUCCGCCACCUCGUCGACAAAGUCAUCGUGGAAGAAGGCGUCAACAUCGCUCCCGAUGCGGUAGACAGUCUAGUCAGCCUCAGCAAAGGAGACAUGCGUCGUGCCCUUAACGUUCUGCAAGCUUGCCAUGCUUCCUCCACGCCCCUCCAUGUCCCCGGUCAGCCAGUCAAGGAGAGCAAGGACGUCAAACGGGACCUCAUAACCCAGGAAACGAUCUACGACUGCAUCGCCGCCCCGCAUCCGGCAGAUAUUAACACUAUCCUGCAAACCCUACUGACAACGAGUAAUGUCGGAUCGUGUCUGUCUACCAUCAACGCGCUGAAGCGAGCCAAAGGGUUGGCGUUGGCGGAUAUCUUGACGGCAAUGGGAGAGCAGCUCGCGGAGAUCGAUGUCCCCGCCCAAACCCGUGUGAGCUGGCUGGAAGGGCUGGCGGAUAUAGAGUACAGGCUCAGUGGCGGGGGCAGCGAGACUGUGCAGACGGGUGGGCUUAUUGGGGUGGUGAGAAACGGUGUGAGCUUGAUGGAGAAGGUGAAUGGCUGA